UUUCCCAGGUCUGGGAGCGCCGCGGGCCGGUAGUCAGAGAUGCUAGUGCAGUUUGGACGGCGCUGUGGACAGGCGAAGGAAAGCACUGAGAUGAGAAACUCUGAAGAAGAUCAAGUUCCCUACCCACCUCUCCUGCCUAGCAAAGUAGAUCUCCAGCAGGUCACCAUAAUUCCACAUGAUGAAUGGGAAAGGAUUCAAGAUAGCCUUGACAGUCUGACAAGAGAAGCAGCAUGCCUUCGUGAAGAAAGAAAGGCAAAGAGAGACAUGCAUUUUCGAUCCCAAGAAGUGGUAAAACAUUGGACUAAUACAUAUGCAGGGAUGAAAGAACAGAAACUUGAAGCCAAAAAGAAGCGUAAUGAAGAAAUAGAGGCAGAAAGACAAAUUCUUGAUCUAGAAGAAGCAAUACAUAAACAAGGAGAAAGAAAAAAGGCCAUUGAAAAUGCAAAGCAAUAUCAGUUCUACCAGACAGAAAGAGUGAAAAACUUUCAUUCAGGACUUCUUCUUAGUAGAGUUAUGAAAGAACGUGAUGCUCAGAUCGAAUUCCAAAAGAGUAAGAGGAAGACAGAUAAAAAAUGGGAGGAACAAUUGAAACUCGAUAUUGAAAAAGCUUUUAAAGAAGAACAAGAAAAAGCAGAAAAACAACAUAGAGAAAGAGUGGCUCUUAGCAAAGAUCAUCUAAAACAAAUAAAGGAACGUAAAGAAGAAGAAGAAAGAAGGAAACAAUAUGAAGAAAAAGAUGCUAAGGAAAUAAAGCGACAGAAUUCAUUAUAUGAAAUAGAAAAGAGAAAAAAACAAGAAAAGAGAAAGGAAGAGAUACAUGAAAGCAGGAGACUGUUUUUUGAACAUAUACAUGAUAAAAAUAUCAUCAAAGCUGUAGAGCAACAGCAGCAAGAGGAAGAAAAUGAAAAGAUUAGAAAAUUUAUCAAAGCAAAAAAGCGUCUUACACUAAUGAGGAAAGAAAAAGAAGCUGAAACACACAGGCUAAUGGAGGACCGGAGAGAAAGAAUAAAUAACUUCUUGAGUAAGCUAAUGAAAGAGAAACUUGACAACGAAGAUUUGAUUAUUGCUAGAGAUAUUGCAGAAGCUGAGGCUGAAUGGGAAAAAAGAGAAAAAGAAAAAGAUGAAAAAAACAAAGCAGAAUUAAAAGCGAUUGCCGAACAUAGAGCCAUUGUGAUGAAAAAUAAAGAGGACGAAGAAAGACAAAGAAAAAUAGAGGCUAAAGAACAAUUGCUGGCUGUUUUGAAGGCAGAUCAGGUUUUCCGGGAACAUGAAAAGGAGAAAAAACACAAAGCAGAUAAAGAACGCCUUGAAGUUCAAGAUUCCCACAUUCAGCAGAUGGCCAAGAAUAAGUUUAAUGCAAAACAAGCAAAACAAGCAGAAUUAGAUUACUACAGACUUACUGAAGUUCUUGCGGCUGAAAAGGAGAAAGAAUUUCAAGAUUACGCCAGAGAAGUAAUUGAUCUUGAGUCUAAAACAAAUAGAUUUAUUUAUCCUCUUGUAAAGGCUGCACAGGAAGGACCUGGAGGUGGCCAUGGACCAGUUUUGGUGAACAGAGGUGGAUUAAGACCCAGCUAUCAGGCAACUGAUACUACUGGAGUGCAACUCCCUUUUUAUAACUCUAAAGGAUCAAAAUAUAAUAAUUUUCAAAAGUCUAAGGGAAGGCUAGGUUUUACAUGGUAGAAAAGUUUAUUUUUAAGAGAAGACUAAGUUGUAGCAAGGACCAACUGCAAAUGUAAAUGGAUUAUAUAAAAUUUCUGUUAAUAAAGAUAUUCUUCGUCU